UUUUCUAUGGAGUCUUACAUCUGGUUACAAACUUGUGAUGGUUCAAUCCAGCAAGUAGAAGAAGAGGUUGCGCUGCUUAUCCCAAAGGUUUACAGAGAAGUGUUUGAAAAUAGCAUGGGAUCGACAAAGAAAUAUGCUAUUUCACUUCCCCAACGAGUCAAUACAAAUACAUUAAGAUUAGUACUCGAUUAUUGCCGGUUUCACCUAGUAUCAGGUCGCUCUGAUAAACAGCCCAAAUCUUUUGAUGACAAGUUCAUCAGAAUUGAUUCCGAAAGUUUAUGUGAGUUGGCUGCCGCAGCUGACAGUUUACAACUGAGACCUUUGGUUCAUCGCACCUGCCUAGAAUUUGCUCGGAUGAUACAAGGGAAAACACCAGAGGAAAUUCGUGAGAAAUUUCACAUACCUGAUGAUCUCACGAAGGAGGAGAAGUUGGAGGCUUUAAAAGGAGACAUAGCUGAUGACCCGCGAAUCAGAAUGCUCAAUCGAAUUUAUGACAGAAAGAGGAACGCAUUAAAGGAGAAUAAAAAGCUGCACAAAAUUGCUGAUGAGGUUAUAGAACAGCAGCAGGUGGACGAACGAUCCAUUGAGGAUCUGUUGUCAUUUAUCAAUGAUGAUUCAAAGGCGGUUAAAGCUCCUAAACGUAAGAAGAGAAACCCUCGUAAAAGGAAAGACGAGCUAAAAAACUCAUGCAGAACCAAUGGUAAAGACAACAAGAAAACUGAUGCCACACUACCAAACGCUGAAAUAAGCAUCAGUUCAAGUCAGACAUCAGAAUUGCAAGAUUUGGUAGAUGACUUAACUAGAAACGUCGAUUUUGAUUUUGAUGACAUUGAGGAGAACGAUGAGUUAGAUCCUGUGAUGAAGGAAGAAAUCGAUAGGGAGGUAGAGGAAUUCGCAAGGAGAUUGAAUUUAGAUUGGCCUGAGAGAAUGCAGGAGAUCCUCUCGUUAGGACAAGAAGGAACGCGUGCUCCCACUUCACAGAACGGAAACGGUUACUACCCUGCCCUAGUAGUCUAG